AUGCAAAUCGAGAUGAGCCAGAGUAAGGACUUGAACGUAAGUCAAGAUGGUCUCUUCUCACUUGAGAAAAAAGAACUAGGCGGUAUCUGUUUGAAUUUUAUUGGCAAGUGUGAAACAGAAUCACAGUGUUCAAAGAAAACGAAAAGGCAGGUGGCAGAUAAAGACCACGGGUCAGAGGAAUGGAUGCAAUAUCGAGGAGUGAGGAGGCGGUCGUGGGGGAAGUUUUAUGCAGAGAUAAGGAUACCCAAAAAGAAAAAUACGAGAUUGUGGCUUGGUACAUUUGAUGCACCCGAGAAAGCUGCAUUAGCUUAUGAUAAAGCAGCUUUUAAGUUUCAUGGUAGACGAGCAAAGGUUAAUUUCCCCCACUUGAUCGUGUCACAUGACGAUCAGGUAACGGUUCAUGAGCCACAUUCUCUGAUAUCCUCGUCCUUAUCUGCAGAACGUAGUGUGGUGGAGCCAUCAUCAGGUUAUACACUGUGA